CUUUUGCAAAGUUUAACGUUCCAGCCGACAGAAAGAUGUAUCCUUUAAGUUCUCAGAAAAAGUAUUGGACAUUCUCUAAUCUGGAUCAGUUAAUGAAUGAAUGGCGAUUGAAACGGAACCAAAAAUUCAUUGAAACUCAUGGAGCACAAUUGAAUGAGCAACAGCGCCAGGAAUUAUUUCUCGAUGCAACAGAGGAACAUUUACUGCUUAAACAAUAUGAAAUUUAUUUAAAUGAUUUUUGCCGAAGGUUUGAGCCGGCCAUGCCUAAAUGUGUGGUGGGAACUGUCAUUCAUUACUUCAAAAGAUUCUUUUUACACAAUUCUGCCAUGGAUUACCAUCCCAAGGAAAUAUUGGCCACUUGUGUUUAUUUGGCUUGUAAAGUUGAGGAAUUCAAUGUGUCUAUUGGUCAAUUUGUGGGCAAUAUCAAAGGAAAUCGCAACAAAGCUAUGGACAUUAUUUUAUCAAAUGAGUUGCUGCUAAUGCAACAUCUGAACUAUUAUUUAACCAUUCACAAUCCAUAUAGACCUGUAGAAGGAUUUUUAAUAGAUAUAAAGACUCGCAGUUCUAUGAUAAAUCCUGAACGUCUACGUCCUCACAUAGACAGCUUCAUCCAUCGAAAGCGAUGGAUUAUGUGA